CGAAAAAAGAAGCGUGAAGAGGAAGGGAACGCCAACGGAACGGAAGAUUGCGCUGCUGUGGACAAUGAAUCGAAUUCACCUACUGAAGAGGAUGGAGACGCUGCAGUACCAAUAUCAUGGUCUAGCACGGCUACCACUGCUCCCGCUGCUGGCUUUUGCAACGACCUCGUUGAAGAAGAGGAAGUGAUCGAUGAACUCGACCAUUUGACAGAAGUGCAGAUUGGAUAUGAUUCUGCAGCGUUGGCCUACGAAAAGACGGAGGAAGAGUUGCAAGCUGAACUUGAUGAAUUGGAGGAGGUGGAAAUCGAAGAAAAUGAGGAUAUUGAGCAAGAAUCGAAAAGUGAUUGUGACAAGUAUUACACCUCCUAUGGUACUAGCAAGCAGCGACGACACGGCGCAAACUACUGUCACGAGUUGAAUGCCAACACCUCUGAUUUAUCACCCUUGACGAGUGAAUCGCAGCAUAGCUCAAACAAUACAGUCGAAAUUCAACCUCCGAUCUCUGUUCUUCAUCCUAAGGAAAGGCUCAAUCAGUGGUUGGACGAGAAUCCUUCUUCGCCACACCUUCCAGAGGAAAACAUGAACGAUCCGCUGCAAAGAAGGACGGAUGACUCCGACAUGAUGGAUCCUCCAGUGUCUGGUAUUGACGAAAUCGCGAGGCAGAACUUCUGCCGUCGGCUGCAUUACUUCGCCGCCAAUGCCCUGCAGAGCUGCUGUCACCACGUUACAUCAGGACGAAGCAUGACACUACGAUGGAACAUUUGGCAGAAUUUAUACAUCUACGUGUCAUGGAAGAAGUGCAAUCGAAUCAGUGUGAUUUUGAUGCCGAUCCAGUUCCGACUAUUCCUCAGUCGAAAUGACGGUCAUCACAUCCGAAAGAUCUUUUUGCAUGAGACUAUGCUCACGGCACAAAGUGCUAUGACGAGAGACGAUCACUUGAUAAUAUUUUUUGACACGGAGCCGCCACAGCUCCGUGAGGAGAAGUCUAGCGUGCUGGAAGAUGUUGUUCAUGCACAUUUUCUCAGCUUACCCCAUGUU